AUGCCGGAGACGAUCACGGAUGCGGCCAAAGCCGCACACCUGGGUACGCCUGAUAUUCCAGCGGGGACCAGCGUCUUCACCAUCUACGCGUCAACACGCAUUAGCGCGCCUGCCGCACUAGUGUUCCGCACGCUGCGCAACACGGACACAUGGCGCGACUGGAACAAAUUCUGCCCGCGGGUGAACCUAGUAUCGCAGCCGCCCGAGGCCGAAGACGAAGCCACGCUGGCGGAGAUCCAGCAGCUGGUGCGCAACACGAGCGUUGCCGGCAGCGUGGAUUCGGCCAUCACGGACGGUGCUGCCAGUCAAGGGACGGGCCUCAUUGGAAGGCGGAUGAGUGUCGAGGAGGAGGAUCGCAUACGAGGGAGUCCACCGCCGGUCACGAAAGUGAGUCUGAGGAGGCAGAGCUUGGUGAGUCAGGGAAGUGGGACGAGGGGGAGUGGGGAUGUGGGCAGGAGUGCGAGUGUGGCGAGUGGGGACGAUACGGCCAGUGCGAUGGCGGCGCUGGCUGUUGCGAAUGUAAAUGCAGGUUCGGGCCUGGGACUUGGUGUGAAUGGAGACGGUGUUGGACAUGCGAGAAAGAGCUCGGAGCAUGGGCCAACGACGGCCAUACAGACGAAUGGAGAUGGGACUGGCCAGCGGCUGAGCGCGGCGCAAAAGUAUCAAACAAUUCAGGACGCGAGAAAGGCGAGUAUUCUCAGUGGUGAGCAGCCUGAUGAGCCGAAGAACGUGCUGGUGGAGGCGCCGCACGAUCCGAAUCUGUUGGUAACUGCGCCAAACACACCGGCCGGCCAACAGGCGAGCAAGACGCAGAAGAAGAAGAGUGUCAGUGCGGCAACGAAGAAGCGGCUCAGCAUCAACGCGCUAUAUGGAGAACCGAGCGUGAGGAUCCAGAUGGGGACAAAGAUGAUACUGCAUUUGCGGAUGAAGCUGCUGAAGGACAGUCUGGGCACGGACCGAGAGAUGAGUGUGGUAGUGACUGAGGUCAGUCGGCCGGAAGACAACGAGGAGUUGGGAAUCGGCGGUAUAGCAGCAGCGCUAGGCAAUGGCGAGAUGGACGACGACAUGCAAAAUGUGAGGAGGAUGCAGACUCACCUGGAGGCGAAGCAGCCCGGCGUAUACCGCAUUGUCUGGAACAUGCUCGAGAAGUACAACCCACCCAAGUCCUACCCAAAGUGGAUGCUGCAGGCACAAAGGGUGCAUGAGAUCCGCAAGGUGGUGCGAGGAGACGGCAAGGAAGAGUGUGUCUAUGAGGAUUGGGAAUGCUGGAAAGGUAUGAUGGCGAAGCGGACGGAGAAGAAGUACAAGUCGUAUUGGAACGAGAGGGCGAAGGAGUGGGGAUUGGGCCUGGGGUCGUACUGCGAGGCCAUGGGCGGCGAUGUCGAGAGGAGAGAUUUUGUGGGAUGA